GUAUUCCUGAGACAGAAGAAGAGGUUUUAAGGAAGAGAAAUGGGUUCUUUUUCUGUGAACAGUCACAGUUUGUGUUAAAUGAAUAGAAAAAGACCCAAAAAUGAGCAAUAACUUUGCACAUUUAGCUCAAAAAUACUGGUGAGGUGUGGACUUUUUGGACCUAGGAGUCUUUUCAAUGUGAUGUCAGGAAACUGCACGCCGCUCUGGCUGCUCUGGAAUUAUUUGAUCCCAAACGAUGCUGAAGGGAUGCCAAGGGCGAAAGAUCUUCCUCUGGCUGGAAUGUUAACUGCAUUAUAAGAGAUGGUUGUCUGUUUUACUCUUCAGCUUCCGAAAAGCACUUUGCAUGGUGUUUAUUUAGUGUUACGGCAUCAUUUACUGAUGUAGACUCAUACAAUUGGGGCAUUUCCUCCAAAGAAUUCCUCAAUAAAUAAACGGGUUUUUCCUUCUCACAUUUCAAAACGUAUUUAGAGUUACAUCAAAAACACAUUUGUACAGAAAGAAAAGCUAUUUUAACUGAGCAAAAUGACAAACCAGUUCCUCUUUAUGUCCUCAUGAAUCACCUUAGCUUUUACAGAUAUAGUGAUUAAACAUCGCGGUGUAUAAAUCCAUCUUGAAUUUGCUCAUGUGUGAAAUAUCGACUCGCUUGAAGCUCAGAAAAACAAAUGACCAAGAAACAAAUACAAUACUCCACCCCACAGAAUAAUGACGCUGUUAGCAGACUGACAUAUAAGCUUUCAUGGAGCGCAGAAAGAGCUCACGUCUCAUGCCACAAUUCAUUAAUCAAUCAUGCUCUUCUGACACUACCUUUCUCGAGUCAAUUAUAGCAAAGUGGCAAGUUUGAUCACUGCUGUGUCAGAGUGUGCCAGGGAUAUGGCAGGGUGUAAUGGAAGGUUUAAUGAAAGAGGAGAUUUAAUGCAUUUUGCCAUCCAGGUAGAACUUUAUAGUUCAUAAGAGAGCGGAUUAAUAAAGAGAUGAAUCACUUGGAACAAGUUGGAAUGGGCCAGCCACAUUGCAUUAAAUCUUAAAAGUUUAAGUCAUCCACAUUAAUUUCGUCUCAUUUGCAAGUAGCCAAAAAAGAGCUAACUUCAAAGACACAACUAGGGCAUGGGUGUACUUCCAGGGAAUAGCAGGAGCAGCGGUACCAGUCUCAUGAAAUGUAAAUAUAGGUUUCAGUCUAAAAACAGAGUUUUCUAUACGGGCUUCGGAUGUCUACGUGUGUUUGUCCAGCUCAGCCAAUCUCUCUCUGUGUGUCUACAGUGUUUGCCAUCGAUGAACUCACCAUCUCGGUGUCAGACACGGGGCCGAAGCUGGUGACAAAAAUAUUUGUCUUGAUCUCUGUGACAUUUUCUGUGGAGAAAGUACAGUUGAAAAUGUAUGAGGUGUGAGGGGGGUCAAAGAAAAGCAAUGAAAAGCAAUAUAAUUUUAGUUUCAGUGCCUUCCUCGGGUAUUUUUGACGUUGGACACAGUGGCAUAAGCUGUGUAAUAAAACUGAAAAUGACAUUUGUAAUGAAUUCAUUGCCUUUUAACUGUUCAAGGCUGAUCAAUAUUUACAGCAAAUGCCAUCAACAGACAGUUUAUGCGCUUGUGUUCGAUCUUAAAUAACGGGUGAAGACACUGACUUUUGGAGCGUAAACAGAAAAAAAUUAAAAUCAGAUUAAUCUGAAGAUUAGCUAAUGAAUUAAUGAGUCCAUCACAGUUUUCCACAGCUCAGGUUUGCAUCUUCAAAACGGUCUAUGUUUUGCUUAAAAAGGUCACUAAAUAAUUAAUCGAUCCACGGCCGAUCCACAAAUUACUAAACAGACUACUACUGCGACUCUAGUUCCCAUUUUGACAAUAUUUGAACAAAUUAUAAGUUUCUUCUGACAUUGGUGCAUGCAAACGGUCAAGAUAUUGAUCAAUAAAAUCAGUUUAUAGCAUCAAUAUUAGCAGCAGUUGGAGAACCCCCAUCGGCCACAGAACAGACCAGUGCCUUUACAAAUCUAGUCAGCUUCAUUAUUUCAGGAUCAUGAUGUGAAAAGGUAGCACCUCAUUUCUAUCAUUUGCACCAGCAAAAUCACACAAUCUCUAUGAAUAUAAAUGUGGUCCUAGAAAACCAGGAUUGGUCGCUGUGUGGAGAGCAGCUUGUUGAAUGCUGAAUGAAGGUCCAAAUGUUUUUUUUUUUUCUGGUAUAUAUUUAUAGGCCCUCUUGUCAAGGUUAGCAACCGUUACCAGGAUGUGAGAGCAGGGUUUUGCCAUGACACAUCAGCAUGAAAAAGCUCUUGUUUCCAUCUAUUACAGGGCAAGUACUGUAUGUACGUUGCAAAAAAAAAAAAAAAGUGUACGCAGACCUGUGUCAUGACGACGAAAUAAAGAGCUUGUAGGAAUUUAAUGGAUUAUUAAAGAAGGAGGAAAUAAAAAGCUUUCAUUUCAAAAGUCUCUUGGCAAAAAAAAGAAAAAAAUCACCCUCUCUGAAUGGCAAUUUGUUGGCUCUCAAGGUUAUCUCCUGUUGCCAGGGUGAGGAGCGUGAAUAAAACACCACAGCACACUGAAUCCAAGCUGUGUUGAAGAUGGCUUGAUUGAUUUACUCUCCCCAUCAUGGCAGCGUUCAAGAGAAGACCGCCAGCAUUCAUGAUCCUCAGAGGGACCACAGCAUCUGACAACAACACGUGUGCCAUCACCUUAACUGACGUGGAAGCAAAUUUCACAUCUACUCGCACCGUUUCUACCCCAGCAUUUGACCAUUACCCAGAUCAUGAAAACUGAGAAGUUUGGGUUAGCAGGCUGGUCUUAUGUGGCAGUAUGAGUAAGAUUACUGUCUUUUUUUUCAAGUUGGAGCGCUCUAAAUGUUGCAUUAGCGGAACAAAACUGAGAAAAAAUGGCCCUCAGCUAACCUCCAAGACCCGGCCGGAGCCUGUUGUCGUAACCAUCGAGGAGCCCGUCCAGGAUCCUGGUGAAAACUGUGCUGUUGUCGUUGGCGCCCGUCUCCUUCUGAGCCUCCGAGGAUGACUGGCAGAGACUAGGAAAGGAGAGGAGAUGUGAAGGAAGCAAGGAAGCGAGAAGGAAACUCUGAGCAGAAACACCAUCCUGGAACGCUGUUGACGGAAACAAGAAGUUAUUCGCCAUCUAUGACACGAGCGUCAAUGAACCGGGCAACAUGUCUUUCGUGAAGGAGACGGUGGAUAAACUGCUGAAGGGAUAUGACAUCCGACUGAGGCCGGACUUUGGAGGGGCCCCUGUUGCAGUGGGCAUGAGCAUAGACGUGGCCAGCAUAGACAUGGUGUCAGAAGUCAACAUGGACUACACGCUGACCAUGUAUUUCCAACAGUACUGGAGGGACAAGCGUCUUGCCUACGUAGGAAUCCCCCUCAACUUGACCCUGGACAACAGGGUCGCCGACCAGCUCUGGGUCCCCGACACCUACUUCCUCAACGACAAGAAGUCAUUCGUCCACGGAGUCACAGUCAAAAACCGCAUGAUCCGACUGCAUCCAGAUGGAACGGUUCUCUACGGACUGAGGAUAACUACCACAGCAGCGUGUAUGAUGGAUCUCAGGAGGUAUCCCCUGGAUGAACAGAACUGCACUCUGGAGAUAGAGAGCUAUGGCUACACCACAGAUGACAUUGAGUUCUACUGGAAAGGAGGCGAGUCGGCUGUAACGGGGGUGACACGGAUCGAGCUGCCUCAGUUCUCCAUUGUUGAUUACAAGCUGGUGUCCAGAAAUGUAGUCUUUUCCACAGGUGCCUACCCUCGACUGUCUCUGAGCUUCAGGCUGAAGAGGAACAUCGGCUACUUCAUCUUGCAGACGUACAUGCCAUCGAUCCUCAUUACCAUCCUCUCCUGGGUCUCCUUCUGGAUAAACUAUGACGCGUCAGCAGCCAGAGUGGCUUUAGGGAUCACCACGGUGCUAACUAUGACCACCAUCAACACCCACCUGAGGGAGACAUUGCCGAAAAUCCCCUACGUCAAGGCUAUCGACAUGUAUCUGAUGGGCUGCUUCGUCAUGGUCUUCCUGGCCCUGCUCGAGUACGCCUUUGUCAACUACAUCUUCUUUGGAAGGGGCCCUCAGAUGCAAAAGAAGCUGGCAGAGAAGGCAGAGAAGGCCAACAAUGAGAGGGCAGCCAAGUAUGAUGCUGCAAGGGAGGCAGGUAGUAGGACCGCAUCCCUAAAGCGGUCCAAUCAGGUUAGAGGUCUUCGCCACUCACGCUCGGCGGAACCACACGGCCACGGGAACAUCCUGCUGACCACCCUGGAGAUCCAUAAUGAAGUGGCGGGAGGCGAGAUCACCACCAGCGUGGCGGACAUUAGGAACUCUCAGUCCAUGGUUCAGUUGGACAGCACGGCCUCGGCGCACAUCCAGUACCGCAAGCAGAGCGGCGGGAUCGGACCGCGAUCCGCCAGCCGCCACUCCCUGGACCGGUCCGCCCAGAUGAAACGCAGCCGCCUGCGGAGGCGGUCCUCGCAGCUCAAAAUCAAAAUCCCCGACCUGACGGAUGUGAACGCCAUUGACCGCUGGUCACGGAUCAUCUUCCCCUCCGUUUUCUCACUGUUCAACCUCAUCUACUGGCUCUACUAUGUCUGAUUGGACUGUUUUGUUGAGGUGUUUGUUGUUGUUUGUUUGACUGUUUUUUUUUUCAUCUCACUCGUUUUUCUUCCUUUUUUUCUGUUGCUUUUAUACAUGAUGGAAUCUGUCCAGGGGAAGACUGCAACAAUACAAGACAAAAGAGAAACACACAGACUGAGAAAAGACUUCUGAGUUUUGGACCAAGUUCUCAUCAGAAUUGUUUUUGUAUUUGCAGUCUUUGAAUCCUUAGUACCUAGCUCUUUUUAUUUUUGAAAGUAUGUACUGUAAUUGGGACUUGUGUCAGUCAUUUCCCAACGUUUGCCCUCUCAGUAAUAUGUAAAUAGUGAGAUACAAAGCCAGCAAUUGAAUAAACGAUACAGUAUUUGCAAAAAAAAAAAAACAAAACACAAUAGCAGUUAAAACAAAGGUUUUUGUAAUCAAAAAAUAAUGAAGAAAACUUUAUACGACACAGAUGAUCAGAUAAGUGCAGGCAAUUCCUAAAAAUCCAUUCAACUCUGGUACCCUAUGCACUAUUAAUGCAUGUAAUGAUCAGCUGUAGUGGACAAAUAAUGACGACUUUUUGCCUUGGGUUACGGCACAACUUUACAGACUGAUGUGUAUUUGUUUAUAGCGUUGAUAAUAUACUUGCUACUGAUAGAGAAAAUGAUGCAUCAAUCUGGUAAACCUUUACCCACACACACAAAUUUAACGCCGAGGAUUUUGUCCUCCAUUCAGGAUGAUUGUGACUCAGGUUCUGAAUUUUUUUUGGCAUCUUUUUCUGAACAAAGUAAAAGUGCCGCUGAAAUAUCAGUUCUGCUCAUUUGAUAUUGGAGAAGAGAAAAAAAAUAUAUGAAAUAAGCACAACUAUAAACAAAGCUGCCAUUUUUUCACUUCUACCUUCAAGCAACAACGCUUCAAGUGAUAGCAUGACAGAAUUGCACUCAAAUUUAACAAAUUUCCUCUAAAAAAAAAAAACAACCUGUCUUUACUUUCAUUUAGAACAACUGCCAAGGGCCUUUUGGGCGACACAGUUACUACUUAACCCAUGAAAUAUUCUGAUAUUUUUGUACUCUGUGUCUUCAGGUAUUCAUUUGAUUUCCUAUCCUGUUCUUUUUUCUUUUAUUCAACACCAACUGCAUUGUGGUGAUAGAAUGGAGGAAUGAAACCCAUUGUUUUGUACAUAAGUACAUAGGUGUGUAUAUACAUAAAUGUAUAUAUAUAUACUGUGUGUACAACCCAAAAAUCAUCAUUUUGUGAUUGUCAUGCUGGCUAUAAACUGUCAGAUUACUUAGUGAAAAAAAAGAGACAAGUAUUAAACCAACAGGUCAAGCAUC